CCGAAUUGUUUUGUUAUUCAACGCAUUUGCACUAUCACUUAUCAGUCUUAUCAUAUUUUCCAGUUUUGUCGGAUAGCUGUGAUUUGUUUUUGUUUCUAUCUAGACCCAUUGCUACAGCACAAUCAUUGGUGAACUUUCUUAACUUCUCUACUUAUUUCACUUUGGCAUUAUUCUCUUUCUGAACUCGUUCCAAAACCAUAAACUUUGUGUUUGCAUCUUUCAAUGACUGUUCGCAUGACUCGUGAUGUCUGUGCUCCCAAAGUUUGUGAUAUCCCAAGAACACUAGUUGAUCUGCAAUUACAGCAAGGUGUUGAAGAAUGGAAGAGAACAAAAAUCCCUCCAAAUCUGUGUGGAAGUUCCACAGUGAGGAUCAGAGGAAACGAUCCCAUUCAAGCACCGAUCAGAAGCUCUCAUUUCGCCUGGAGCUUUGCAGUGAUGAUGAAAAACCUGAAGAGAAGUCAGCUGAAGUUGAAGAUGUCUCAAGCAGUGAAAGCUCAUCAACACCCAAGAAAAAAAAAACACAGGAAGUUGAUAAAGAGCUCAUGCCGCAAGUCCUCAAUGAAAUGGAAGAGGAGAUAGAGCGACAAUUGGAUUCAAAAGCUGAGAAAACAAAUCUAACAGUAACCAAUGUGAAAAACAUAUUAAAGAGUGUGAUCACUAAUGAAGAUGUGAUGGCCAUGGUACGGCAGUCAUUGCACAAUGAACAAGAAGGACUAGAUGUUAAGUGUAUCUACGAACCCAAACUGACCAGAGCCAAAGCCAAAGAGUUGCUGAAACUGCAGCCGUUGCCUGUCAAUUUAUGGCCGAUAACGUCUGUGGCACAGUCUCCCUCAAAAUCAGAAUGUCAUGUUCUCAUUCAGCAAGAGUUACCUGAGGACUCCUCGGAUGAGGAGUACAACCCAAAUGAAGAUGAUCAGAGUGAUGACGAUGAUGAGAAGAAUGCCUCAUCUGUGGCGAGUGAUGUUGAUUCCUCUCCUGCUACACCAGUCUCAUCGUGCGCAAGCACCUCUAUGGAUGACAGUCCAACAGUAUGGACACAAGAUGGCAUGUUCAAGAUACCACUGGAAAACAUCGGCCAAAGAACAAGAUCAAAAUUGUGUCUUAGUGACACUCCUCUUGAAGCAAUAGAACAAGCAUUCAUACCGCCAGAUAUAACGACGGACAUGUAUGAUUGGGCCUGUGAUAAUGAGGAUUGGAAAGACUUUCUUCAAGAAUUUGCGAAGCCUUUGGACUCAGAACCAGCUAUUGUUGAUGAUCCAGAAGAAGACCCUGAAUACAAUGUUUUAGCAGAUGAGGAGGAGGAAGUAGUUGAUAAAGAAGAACUGCGGAUGGACAGAGCAGUCAAAGUCUCCCGGAAGGAGUUGAAUGAGUUAAUGGCAGAAUUAUUUGAUUUCACCGAAAAUGUCAUGCAUCAUGCUAGUGAUGAUGAAGAUUCAAAAUCGGAUAGACCAGAGGCUGGCAAAAAAGCGGUUUCAACUGAAUCUAGUGGAGACAGUGUUCAAGUAAAUUCUACUGGUGCUGACCAGCAGCCAACUUUCUACAACCAGUCUAGUCAUCCUACUUAUCCCGUACCAACCAUUGUUCCUAAUAGUGUAUGUUCUCUUCCUCCCAACGUGCAAUUUCCUAGCACCGCUCAGCAAUUAUCUCACUGUAACCAGAAAGAGAAUUGGAGUUCCGGACCAACUCAGGGAACCACAUCCUCGAAUCGAGUUCCAUGCACACCAAAUAGCAAGACAGCCGCUCGAAAUGCCUUCAGCCCACUAGAUCUAAACGAACCAUACAAUGCAAGUGGAAUGUUCCAAUCUUCAGGAUUCAGAACACCAGUCAAAGAUCCCGGUCCAGAAAUUGAGGAGGCAGUCCAGAGUUUUGAAGGGGCUGAACAAAGCCGGAGAUCAGCAGCGCCAGUCGAGGUUAAAGUUGUGGCCGUGGAGCAACUUCUCUUACUUCAGCAGCAGAUGAGGCAGCAUGUGCAGCUCACGACGCAACACUUCUUGCAAUGUUACCAACACCCCGAACUGAGCAAAUAUGCUGAUCAGUGUAGGAAUAUUCUCUUAAAUCUAGAAAAUCAAGCCAAAGAAAAGGGACAUGAUGAUGCAGUAUUUAAAGCAUCAAAUUUGAAAAGUGCAAUUCAAGUAGUUAAAGCAUGGGAGUCUCUGUUUGCAGUGCCAGAAGUAGCAACAAGUAUCAAAGGAUUCAUGGAAAAAAUGUACCACAAACACGCUUCAAAUAAGAAAUUACGCCAUGACCAAGCGCCCGAAGAUCUCCUGUUUCCUCCUCCGUUUCUGGAGCUCGUUGCAGCGAGCAGAGCGUUCCCAUAUCCUCGACUUCUCCCGCCAGUGCCCUUCUUUAAAAGAGGGAGCAGGCCUGUCAGGAAAAAAUUCUAUGACUCUGAAGUGAGGCUCAUAAUUUAUGGUUUGGAUACAUACACAGAAGUCGUGAGAAAUACUGAGUCUAAAUUCUCAGUGAAAGAAAGAGAAUGGGAUGUGUGUCCUUUAAUCAUCGAAAAUUUGGUACCUUCUGCAGAUUUUACGUCCAUCAAAAAUCUGAUCAUGAAAAAACGCUAUAAUCGAAUUAAUAAUCCAAUCAAGGAAUAUUAUGAUCAUAAGAAGCUGCCUCAUAUUGUCCAUUAUGUGAUACCAAUCAAGGAAGGCAUAACCCUUCUUGAGCAGCCUUUGGAUCUGUUACCGAAUUUAUGGAAAAACUUCGUCCGGCUGAAAAGGAGAAAGGCAUCCCAAGAAUCCCCUUGAGAAUGUCAUAAGUUCUUCAACUGCUAAUUUUUGGUUGCUGCGCAGUAUUACAACUGUGUGUCACUAGCAAGUUUUAUAAUCAUUCAAAGAAUGAAUCAAACCAACUUUGUUCCGUUUUUAAAAUUUUAUUCUUGGAUUUUUUCAAUGUCAGUUAAGUAUUUUUAUUACCUUUGACCUCUACUCAGUGUUCACCAAAGCAGAAUGGUUCUUUUAAAUAGUGCUAAGAAGUUUUUUCAAGGUUUUGAAUGUUCAAAUAUCCAAUACUUGUCUCUUUUCCAAUUUAAAAAUGAAUCAUUCGUCAUUGAUUCAGUUCCAGCUUUCAAAUUUAAAGGACCGAAGUGUCCUUCCACCACAGUCUUUUGUGGCGGCAAGCCACUCGCUCCGUCAAUCAUAAAUGUAAUUAAUGCAUACUUGGUGAAAAAUUCGCUCCCAAAUUCCAAUUUUCAAGCAUACAAAAAUCAAUUUUGAACUUUCUCUCCGCCACAAGGAUCCAUGUAAUUUCGAAACUUCAAAAUCACAUUUCUCAAAAUAGCAAAAACUGCACUUAUGCGCCUUGUCCUCCGAGCCUCUCAUUUCAUGUUUCGCGUUGAACUAUACAGACAUACUGAAAAUCCUCCACUUCAAUUUAUUAUCAAGAAAUUAGCGUUUUACUUGUUCAGUAAUUUCAAUUUAUACUCAUCCGAAACUCAAAGUCUAUUUUAAUAAUAUCAAAUACUCAAAUCAUUUUUGCUUGCUUUGCAAUGGGAUAAUUUCUUUUGAGUUAUAAAUUGCUCUCAACAAGUUAAGAAUCACCGUGUUUCAAAUAUGUAAGGAAAUUUAUGUGAAAAAAAUUUUAAAUUGACUGUUAGUUAAGUUGUUUUAAUCGCUGGGUUGACCUAUGUUGGACUUAGAUUUUUUGCAGAUGGACAGUUCGGUUUUUGGUAAUUCUAAUGUAAAUCAUAGAUGACAAAUUCUCACUCGGAUGUAUUUAAAAUAUUUAAGUCCAUCUGAAUUGGGAGUUCUGGAAAAAGGUGGAAGAUUUUCUUUUAUAAAGAAAUAAAAAAAUUUAACCAUGAUAUGAUUAUACUUGCUCACAUUUUCGUUAAUACUAAGCGUGUUUUUAAGACUGAACUCUUGUGAGAAAAGAAAAUAUUUUUCUUGAUCACUGUCCAUUAUUUUCUUUUAUUACUUAUUAUAUUGUUACUUAAAUGUUGUAUUUCUAUUAAAGAUUUUUAAUUUUUCCAGCUGAUAA